GAACUUGUCGCAGUCUACACACGAUCCGAAUAAGAAAGAAAAAAAGACUCUUGUGCCUUUUGACUGUGAAUAGCGAAUCCCCAAGAGUCUCUUACGCUCCGUUGUGUAUAUAAUUGAUCCCUUAGGGCGCUUCCAGGAGCAGCUCCCAAGCACCGCCGGCCCGGUUUUCCUCCCCUCCAACUACGUAAUGAUAUUCCUUCUUCUUCUCUUCGUUCUUUUCAUGACUGCCCGGGCGUUGCCCAUCGACGAUGUUCUCGCCAAGCGAAUAAUCGGCGGCACAACCGCACCGACUGGCCGGUAUCCCUACAUCGCCUAUAUCCAGAGCACCUACAAUAACAGCAACUUCAUGUGCGGCGGCACCAUCGUCAGCGACCAGUACAUUGUCACCGCUGCCCACUGCUUCUACGACGAAUCCACUGGCCAUGUGCCCCGGGACCUGCAAAUUAAAAUCGGCUAUGGCAGUAAUGAUCUGCAAAACCUGGUAUUCAAGGAUGCUAUGCAGCUAUACGUGCAUCCGCAGUAUAGUCCUCAGACCUCCACCAACGAUAUCGCCAUAGUGCAGGUCCCCAAGCUGCCGCUGGACGGCCAAAACGUGGACAAGAUCCCAGUGUAUACCGGCGAGUUGUUCCCAGAGACGCAGUUUGUCGCUUUAGGCUGGGGCGUCGUGGAUGCGGUGCGCGGCACUACUUCGAUGCUGCUCAAGGAGGGCGUAGUGACCAUUGGCAAGGAUGUGGAUUGCGCCAGAUAUCUGAUGGGGUCUGGAAAUGCGGCGUUUUCGAGCAAUGGCAGGCAGAUUUGCUCGCAGAACAGCCUGGCACCGGGCACCAGCCCGUGCUUUGGCGAUUCGGGCACCGGCAAUAUUGUCUAUGUCAACGGCAAACCCCAUGUUAUUGGCCUGACGAGUUUUGGCUCCGGCGCUAACGGUAGCAGCAGGUGCGAUGCCCCCGACGGCUUCGUCAUCUACACGCAUAUUAGCGCAUAUAUGGACUUUAUCAAUUCCAUCGUCAAACUGCAGUGAAG